AUGAGGUACAACCGCCGCCGCUUCCUGGAGAUCGCAAACGGCGGCCAGGCGCCCUGCACGCCCGCCCCCGCCGCGGCGGCCGCCGCGGGCGCAGGGGCGCCGCCGGCGCUGCGGCCGCGGGUGAGCGCGGGGUCGGGGGCCCUGGAGCCGACACCCGAGGAGGCGGCGCCGCCGGUCGACACUCAGGCGGGCGACGCCGCCGCUGGCGGCGGCGGCAACGAUGACGAGGCGCCGCCGCCCGCCGAGCUCGACGCGGGUUUGCCCGGGCCGUCGUCAGGGCCGGUGUCGGUGUCGGCGUCGGGGGCGGACUCUGGUUAUGCCUCGCCGCGCGAGGUCGGGGCGGCGGCUGCGACAGCGGCGGCAGCGGCCGCGGCGGCGACGCUGCCGCAGUCGGAUCCCAUUGUCGGGUUUGUCGUGCGCACGCGCCGCUGCCGCACCUUUUCGUCUGCCAUGGCGGCCGCAGCGGCGGCCGCGGUAGUGGCGGCUGGGGGCGCGCCGGGGCCGCCGGCAGCGGCGGCGGCGGCGGCCGCGGCUGCUGCUGCUGCGGCGGCGGGCGGGCAGGGGCAGCGGCAGCUGCAGGGGCUGCCUGGAUCUACGUCGGGCAAGGAGCGGCCCGCAUCGUUCUCAGGGGCCGUCAGCCUCCGCCGCAGCGGCGCCUGUGCAGGCAGAGCGGGCGGCUCAAGCAGCGGUGGCGGCGGCGGCGGCGGCGGCGAAGGCGCCGCGGCUGUGGGUGCGCCUGCGGCUGGGGCUGCGGCCUCCGCCGCCGCAAGCAGCCGGGAAGAUGGCUGA